CACUUCUAUGGUGGGUUACGACAUGUUGCUUUCGAAAUCUGCAGCUGGCAAACUCAUCCAAGUCAAUAAGUGACAUGCUGUAUAUGACAGCUACCAUAGUUUAAUGGAUGUUUGGGGAAUCGAUUGUGGGCUAUGCCAUCUAGUGAGCGAAUAUGAGUUGUGACCAUGUAUUUUGAAGGCAUAAGCGUCUGUAGCAGUAAGCUCUUCAGCAUUUGGUUUAUUGAAGGAUGAACUAUCAAGCCUCACAAGGAACCAGCCAUCUCUGCAGGAUACACAAAGCUAAAGUUAAAGUUGAUUAUUUCAUUCCUAGUGAAGCACAGCGUCAAGCAUCGAUUUCGCAUGCGUUGUCUCUUCAUAAUAAUGCAUUGAUACAAAGGGUUGCUUCUGUACUAAUUUUAACGACAGCGUACUAUGGUUCGACACGUCUCUUAGUUCCGUAAAUCUUAUCAUCAUCCAAAGCGAAGCCGUAAAAGUGAUCUGGGAAAGUAACUAAUUUGCAAGACCCACGCCUUAGAUAAAGUUCCAAUAUUUACUAUGUCCAGGA